AUGCUCACAGUGGAGGAGGUCAGAGUUCAGAGCGAGCAUCUCUUGGGCCUGAGGAGGAAGGUGGCGGUGGAGUCGAGUGUCACCCAAGAGGAAAUUAAGAAGAAAACAGAGAAGCCAAUCGACCAGGAGAAGAUCUGGCUGCUGCUGCUGCUGCCGGUCUUCACUCCCAAUAACAGCUGCCACCACCGAAUGGACGAGUUCUCUCGGGGAAAUGUGCUGUCCAGCGAGCUGCAGAUCUGCACUUGGAUGGAUGCAACUUUGAAGGAACUGACAAGUUUAGGAAAGGAUGUUUACCCAGAAGCUAGAAAGAAGGGCACGCACUUCAAUUUUGAGAUUGUUUUUACAGAUCUGAAAAUUCCUGGCUGUCGAGUCAAGGAAAUUGGCAGCACCAUAUUGGGCAAGAAAGGCACCAAUGAUUCCAUGACCCUUCAAUCACAGAAGUUCCAAAUGGGGGAUUAUCUGGACGUAGCAAUCACACCUCCCAACGAGCCACCCCCUCCUUCUGGGCACAUGAGGCCUUAUUAA